UGGCGGGCGGCAGUCGAGAGGCCGCACGCGGCGAGUGAUGUCGUGUCGGCAGUGCAGCUGUAGCGCGUGGCGCGGGCGACCGCGAGACUCGUGACGCCGGCGGCGGCAUGUGAUGUUCCGGAGACGCGCGUUGCGGCGGCGGCUGGCGGCGGGCGGCGCGCCGUCCGUGCCUGACGAUCAGCUGCGGAGGCUGGCGCGCGCGCUAGACGCGGGGCCCGCCGGUGCGCCCUGCGUGCCCGGGCCCUCGGGCCCCGCGUUGCGCCUCGCCGUCACCCGAGCCUUCCGCUUCCCAGACCUGCGAGACCUCAACGAGCUUCGCCGCCUGCCGCAUUGUUCGGACCACCAGUGCUGCAACCCCUACCACUUCAGCCGCCUCUGCGAACCCGAAACCCCUCCGCCUCCAUAUAGUCGGAUCGCAAUGGACGACGUUAAGCUUAAAGAACAUGGCGAGAUUACAGAAGACGCAAGGAGGACGGAUCAUGAGCGGCUAGCGACGGGCUCCCUCGCCACUGACGGCGAAGAGCGUCAAAGCUGGGAAUCAGAGUGGUGCAGAUUAGCGUAUUGGGAGCUCACACAGAGGGUAGGCCGACAGUUCAGUGUGCGCGUGCGCGCUGUCGACGUGUUCGGCGGCACGUGCGCCGGCAGACACGGGCUCUGUCUUGACGCGCUCGACAGCAAGGAACCGCAAGUUGAACAGGUGCGGAAAACUCGAGCGAAGAUUGGCUUAGGCGUUACCCUGUCCCUGGAAUCAGACGGGGUCUGGCUCUACAACCGAAGCCAGGAGCCCGUGUUCGUCAGUUCCCCCGCGUUGGAUGCGGCAGCGGCGAAAGCCUUGCUUGUGUGGAGGGUCGCUCCAGGACAUUGCUUAUGCAUUUUCGACCCUUCAACUCCUCCGCCUCCCAUCUCAUUACCACACGUGGGCCCCGUCGACCCCAGGUCCGUGAGGAUAUCCUUUGCGAAAGGCUGGGGGCCAAAAUACUCGAGACGGGACGUGACAGCCUGUCCAUGCUGGUUGGAAGUAUUGCUAGCACCUCCGAGCUGACGCUAAGACUAACUUUGGAUAUAUUAAAAAAGUGAAGUGCUUAAUGUGGAAAUGGACCAAAGUGAAAAUAUACAUUUUAAGGAUCGUAGGAUUCAAAACCAUAUAAUUUCAAUUAUAUUUAUUCAAUUAGUGAUAAUAAAAUUUUGCAAACUUUUAGUGUCACUAAGUGAAAAAUCUAUGGAAACACGGAGUAUGAAGCACAGAUGGGAGUGCUUGUUUACAUUUAUGUUCAUGAUAAUACUUAAUAAUUUUAUCAAAUCAAGGUUAGUAUCACUUGACACUAGACAACAAAAUAACAGUUUUAUUUAUAUACACAUAUAUUAAAAUUCCUAUAGACAAGUUUGUUAAACAAAAAUGAAAAUGCAUUUGCUAAAUAUUUGACAAUAUAUUUACAGUAUAUACUUUAGAAGAAAAUGACCAAAAUAUGUUUUAUGAAUUUGAUUAUUAUAACUACGAUGCUUGUCACUAUGAUUUUUGUUUGGAUAAUAAUAUACAAUUAUUUUGUUUUGUAAAAAAUUACAAUGGCAUUCAUUAUUUUAAAUGUCACAUCAAAGAUGAUUAUUUGAUAUUUUUUUUACUAUAAGACACUUGAUUUUAAAAGAUAGCAACAUAUUUUGAAUAUGGAACAUAAUAUUUUUUAUUUAAAUCAUCACUUGGUUCUUAAGAAUAAUAUAAUAUUUAAAAUUUAAAUUAAUUGUACACUAAAAACUUUUUGAACAUAUUAUUAUUUAUAUUAGUAAAAUAAGCGAUUAAUUAUCUGUGGUAGUGACAUUUAAUUAUUGCUUUUAUUAUGGCAAUUUUGUUAUUGAGUAUAAAUUCUCCAAUCACAAUUAUAAUCACUCCGUCGAAGUUUAUAUUGAGACAAAACACGUCCAUAUCUUUUAUCAGUUGUUUUAAAUUUAUUAAUGGUACCAUUGUCCAAAUUGUACAAUUUUAAAAUGUAUAAAUAUGUAUAGAACUCGGCUUUAAGUUACGCGAGACUGUGUAUAUAAAAGUUUAUUAUGUAUUAUAAAUAUUUGUAAUUAAUUAUUUAUAAUUAUAAAGUAUGCCUUACCUUUAGCGAGUAAUUAUUUAAGAAAUAAGUUUUCGUUGAUUUUUUUUUGUACAAAAUUUGAAAUAAUUCGUAUCAAGUCGGGGUUUAAACGUGAAGAAGGCUGUGCGAUAAGCAUUUUAACCAAUUUCGGUAAGGGAAGGUUAUGAAUUAUCUCAAAACUCUGGUGGGAGCAACGCCAAUCAAUAGAAUUGUUUAGUUUUUUUUAAAAGAUCUGCAGUUUGACGUGUAAAUGAAAAAUUAGUGCAAUCGUGUUAAAAUUCUUAUUUCGUUUUAUAGUUAGUAAUGUAAAAAAAUAAAACCACACACAAACUUUGUGCCUUGCGUUGUAUUCAGAAUGUAUGAAUAUAAUCCAAAAUUUAUGUAGGGUAACUCAGUCAAUUUAACUGACCUAUACGAUUAAGUAAUUAAUUAUAUUAUACAUAUUAUGUUUUAAUGUUAAAGCUCGAAUUUAAGAGUGCUGCUUGGACAAAGCGAUUGGAGUUGACAAUAAGAUUAAAGUCUAGUCUAUUAAUCGAUCUUGCUUUGUCUUACGCGUUGGGUGUAUCGGUGAAUAGGAAGGCCAGUUUUCAGAAUGAAUACCUACUCAAGUUAUAUAUUUUAAAUCAUUCUAUUAUAUAUUUUUUUGUCGUGAUCAAAAUCAAAUGUCACGCAACAUUGUGUUUAAUAAAAAUAUAUUUCCUUCUUCUUCUUUUAUAUUUUAAUUGUUAUUAAUUUAUCAAUUUUGUAGAUAUAACUCAUGUUAUAAAAGAUUUUUUCUUUAAAGUCUUUAUUUUGAUAAAUUAAAAUCAAAUGAUGUAAAAAAAUAUAUAUGCUUUUAUAUAAUUGUUACAGAGAUCAACAAAUUUAGAUUCACAAUUAUUUAUUUUAUUAAAUAUUAGUAGUUAUGAUGGUGUAAAAUAUAAGUAACUGGUCUAUAUAUAAUAAUUAUGUAUUCAGCACAAGUGCCUCACCCAGCAUAAUCCGUCACAGAUAAUAUAAGUAAUAAAAGUACAUAUUUAUUUAAUGUAAACGCUGUUUAGUCAUUACAUUAGACUGAUAUAACGCCUUAAUAAAAUAAGGGAGAGCAUUUUUAACGGUAUAUUUAAAAAAACAAUUAAUUAUCUGCAUAACAACUUUUGUAAGUAUUUUUAAUCUGUUAAUUGACUAUUGACGUAAUAUUUAUAUGUAAAUUUCAAAUAACUAGCAAAAAACAUUUUUUUAUCUUAUUAGAAAAUGUGUUGUUAAAAAUGCGUUCCUAGCUAUAUAUAAAGUAAAAUAUUGUAAAUAGGGACAGGACUCCAUGAUUCGCCGAUUUACUGUUAAGUUGUGAGUCUGACUGAGAUGAAUGAGAUUAGGAUACGAUAAAUUAUAAUAAAGAAAGGGAAUAUUUUUA